GCUCCAGGAUCUCCUCCGGAAGAAUAGGUGAGGACGGCGGCUUUUCCCGCCGCGACUCGAGAAGAAUCGGCGAAGACCUAGGCUACCACCGCAGCGUCUUUCCGGAGAGCACCAGGGGGUAUGAUGGCCACAGUCAGAGCAGCCCAUGGAUGGCUGUGAGGGGCAACAGCAGCCCACGCAGCACCAACGCGUGCCUAGGCGAAGUCGCUGGCCAGCAUCCCCGCGACUCGAGGGGAGCUGUCAGCGAAGACGCCUGGGUGGGCGUCCCUGAAACCCGAGGGCCCCAGACCAGUGACUCCGGGGACCGGGGCAGUGACGACCGCGGCGGUUAUUGGGAAGGCGCAAGUAUCGAUGGCAGCCGCUGCCCCAGUCGUUCUUGGGGAGGCGUAAAUGAUGACCGGGGCUACGAGAACAAUGACUCCUCUAGGGUGAGCAUCAACGAAGACUCCAGUCGCCGCCUCAGUGGUUUCUGGGAGAGAGAAAGUGAAGAAGAUUCUCACUUCAGGGACUCUUGGGAGAAAAGGGAGGAUCGUGGGCCCCGCGUCAGCGACCAGGAGUCCAGUUGCUGCAGCAGCAGAGACCCAUGCGCGGGAGCAAGUGAAGACCGACGCAGCAGCAGGGGCCUGGAUUCCACUCCUCCCCAGAGUCCAAGGCUGAGGGUAGAGGACCAAACCAUGCCUGGGCUGGCCAGUUCAGGCCCCUCCAAGUCCUCGAGGGAGCCUGCAGACGCAAGUUCAAGGAAGAAGGUGCAUUUUGGUAGCAUACAUGAUGCGGUACGGGCUGGAGAUGUCAAGCAGCUUUCGGACAUAGUGGAUCGUGGAGCCAACCUUAAUGAAGUGGAUGCUCUCCAUCAGUUUACUCCUUUACAUUGGGCAGCACAUUCUGGAAGUUUAGAGUGCCUUCAUUGGCUACUCUGGCAUGGUGCUGAUACCACACAGGGGACUACCAGAGGAUGGACAGCGGCUCACAUAGCUGCAAUCCGGGGCCAGGAUGCCUGUAUGCAGGCUCUUAUAAUCAAUGGAGCGAACCUGGCAGCUCAAGAUGAUCGUGGAUGCACCCCAGUACACCUCGCUGCCACUCAUGGACACUCUUUUACCUUACAAAUAAUGCUGCGAAGUGGAGUGGAUCCUAGUGUGACUGACAAGAGAGAAUGGAGACCUGUGCAUUAUGCAGCUUUUCAUGGUCGGCUUGGCUGUUUGCAACUUCUUGUUAAAUGGGGAUGCAGCCUAGAAGAUGUGGACUGCAAUGGAAACCUUCCGGUUCACUUAGCAGCUAUGGAAGGCCACCUUCAUUGUUUUAAAUUCCUGCUGAGUAGAAUGAACAGUGGUGCGCAAGCUUUAAAAGCCUUCAACGACAAUGGGGAAAAUGCAUUGGACCUGGCCCAGCGGUUCUUGAAAGAAAACAUUAUACAGUUUAUUCAGGGGGCUGAGUAUGAAGGAAGCAACCCAGAUGAUCAGGACGAUUUAGCCUUUCCAGGUCACAUGGCUGCCUUUAAGGGUGAUUUAGAAAUGCUUAAGAAACUGAUAGGAGAUGGAGUAAUCAAUCUGAAUGAACGUGAUGAUAAUGGAUCAACUCCUAUGCAUAAAGCUGCUGGACAGGGCCACAUAGAGUGUUUGCAGUGGUUAAUUGAAAUGGGAGCCGACAGCAAUAUUACCAACAAAGCAGGCGAGAGGCCCAACGAUGUGGCUAAGAGAUUUGCCCAUUUGGCAGCAGUGAAACUGUUAGAGGGGCUACAGAAAUAUGAUAUAGAUGAUACUGAAAUUGAUGAAAAUCAUGUGAAUUUUUUCAUAAGGCAUGGUGUUGAGGGAAGCACUGAUGCCAAGGAGGACUUGUGUCUCAGUGAAUCAGACAAAGAAAAUGCCAGAAUGAGAGCUCAUAAGAAAAUUGUAGAAUUGAGAACACUUCUGGAAAUUGCUGAGAGCAACUUCAAACACUUGGGUGGGAUAACAGAAGAGGAUCUAACGCAGCGGAAGGAAGAGCUGGAGUCUGAGAAGAUCAUCAAAGAGCUGCAGGGCCAGCUGGCCUAUGAGCGACUCCGCAGGGAAAAGUUAGAGUGUCAGCUGGAUGAGUAUCGAGCAGAAGUGGAUCAGCUGAAGGAGACGCUGGAGAAAACUCAGGUCCCCAGCGUCGUGGCUAUGGAAGAUGACUCAUGUGAGUCUAGCAAAGAGAAGCGGCAAAUGAAGAAAAAAGUGUCUCCUGGGGGCAUACUUGUGAGAAGGUACUAAAGAGUGAAGGCCAGAGACAUGGCUCAUUGGUUAAGGCUGCUUGCUGCUAUUCCAGAGGACCUAAGUUGGAUCAGUGGCCUGUAAGUCCAAUUUCAGGACAUUUGACACCCUCUUCUGACCUCUACAGGUACCAGAAGACAUGUCUCCUCUCUCUCCAGCCUCCCGUCCAAGCCCCUAUCCUCAAAUAAAUCUUAAACUUUAAACUGUUUCUGAUUUAGCUACGGAAACAUGUUUUGGGGGUCUACAGAGAUGGUUCAGUGGUGAAGGGUGCUUACUGCUCUUCUAGAGGGUCUGAGUUUGGUUUCUAGCACCCAAGGCAGGUUACUCACAACUACCUGUUAUUUCAACUCCAUGAGAUCUGAUGCCCUCUUGUGACACUUGCACCUCUAUAUACAUAGCCACACACAGAUAAGCAGAAUUUUAAAAUAAUAUCUUAAAUACUUUUUUCCUCAAUAACAAGGACAACAUAGUAUUAAAUAAAAUGGAAAACAUCACAGUACUUUAUGCUUUAAAAACAAUAUAUGAUAGGCUAUACUAGAAAAGUUAUGUAAUAUUGGAGCUCCAAUUUUCCCCCUUUUCUACGAUAUCUACAUAAAAAGCUUACAAUAUGUACCCCGUAUUCAAGAAAUUGGUUUACAGAUAAAGAUUAGAUAAUCUAACUUAACCUUUUAAAUGGUGAAUUUUGUUUUUGUUUUUUCAGACAGGAUCUCACUUUAUAACCUUAGUAGGCCUGGAAUGUGCUAUAUAAGCCAGGCUGGCCUCCACC